AUGCUACUGUACUUCUUCAAACAGCCUGUGGAGAAUGUCCUCAAUGAUACAGACUGGCCUUUUAAUGGCAAUGUCAAAACCUUUGGAGAUAUUGCCUUCCUAUGUAUUGUCACAGCUAUCAUUGCAGAGCACUCAUAUUUUCUGUGGAAACAAAAGCCUUCAGCAUCUUCCGCCCCUGUCAAAUUAGCCAUUCAAAAGCUGAACUCAUCUGUUGACUUGAAUUAUAUCAAAACUGCCAUUGAGAAGGCAUCUCAUCUUAAAACCCAGGAUCAAAAGCAUGCACUUGUAAAGAUUGCUCUGGAAAAUUGUCUUUCUUUAUAA